UCGCGAACACGUCAAUAAAUAGGAGUACAACGGAAGCUAGACUUACAGCGACGGAAAGACAAUCGAGACACACACGAGACACGAGAGCUAGUAUUUCCCAAGAGCCGCGAACUCCCGGUGGCUGCUUCGUUUUCGCCUCGACUCCAUCGGGAUCGCUCGCCGGCUGCAGCGUCGCCAUGAUGGAUCCGGAGCUGAUGAGGCUUGCGCAGGAGCAGAUGAGCCGCAUGUCCCCCGCCGAUUUCGCCAGGAUGCAGCAGCAGGUAAUGUCCAAUCCCAACCUGGUGAAGCAAGCAACCGAGAGCAUGAAAAACAUGAGAACCGAGGACUUCAAACGAGCCGCUCAUCAGCUAAAUCAGACAACGCCAGAGGAGUUACGUCGUAUGACUGAAAAUAUCGCCAGCGCCAAGCCCGAGGAGUUCGCCGCCAUGAAGGCCCAGGCUGAUGCGCAGAUGUCGUACGCGAUAUCCGGUGCCAAGAUGUUGAAGCAGAAGGGGAACGAGCUCCAUAGCCGUGGGCAGUAUGCUGAUGCCGCCGACAAGUACAAGCUCGCCAAGGAUAACAUGAAGAACGUGCCAUCCCCAUCGGCAGCUGGGCAAACUCUGCAGCUGCAGUGUGCCCUUAAUCUAAUGUCUUGCUACCUGAAAUCAGGCAGGUUUGAGGAGUGCGUAAGUGAAGGUUCGGAGGUUCUUGCCUAUGACUCGAGCAAUGUUAAAGCAUACUACCGUAGGGGACAGGCUUACAAGGAACUAGGAAACCUGGGAGCCGCGGUUGCUGACCUGAGUAAAGCCCACAAACUCUCCCCCGAGGAUGAAACUAUUGCCGAGGUUCUCCGAGACACACAAGGAAAGCUUCUUGCAACCGAAGAGGGAGGAGUAAACCUGCCAAAGGGAGUCAUUAUUGAAGAAAUUGUAGAAGAAGAAGAAGAAGAAGAAGAUAACUUCCAGCCUUCGUUUCCGCAGAACGCCGUUGCGGAGAAACCUGAUGAAAUACAACCAAGUAUGGACCAGCCCUCGCCAGGUUCCCCGCCUUCCGCAGCUGAUAUGCAAGACGUCAUGAGAUCUUUCAUGGAAGACCCUGCAACGCAACAGGUGCUCACAUCCAUGCUGAAAAACAUGAGUCCGGAUAUGAUGGCAGACAUGAGUAGGCAGUUUGGUUUGAACCUGACGACCGAGGAUGCUGCCAAGGCCCAACAUGCUAUGUCACAGUUAUCUCCGGAACGUUUGAACAAAAUCAUGAAGUGGAUGGACAGAGCACAGCGAGGACUAGAAGCCGCAAAGAAGGCAAAGAACUGGCUCAUAGCCAGGAAAGGCUUGAUCAUCGCUAUUGUCUUGCUGAUCGUGGCCUUCAUCCUCCAGCGGCUUGGUUUCAUUUGUAGGUGAUGGGCCUAAACAUCCAUGAUGGCCAACCACACCGUGCUUCCGUUAGAUCAGCAGCCUUUUUUUUUCUCAGCGAGAA